GUUUCGUGUCGCUCGUUUUGUUCUAAAUCUCUUCUGGAAGGUUGCCGCAGCAGUCCGCAAGUCUACAGUUGCUUCGGAGAAUUCACACAAAGUAGAUCGGAUUGCUCUCAACGCUUAUUACUGUUCAGUGCUUAUCAUUUGUCGUCAUUGUUGCACAGAUACAUAACGGCAAAUUGAAAUAAGUGAAGAUGGAUUCAAGAAACCUCGUUGAAUUUUUGGAAUUGGUCGGAAGACUGAAGCAUAUGGCAAGAACAGGAUGGGUAUUACUCAAGAUUCCAAAUCCAGAAACAAUAUCAGGGCAUAUGUAUCGCAUGGCUAUGCUAUCAUUUUUGGUAGACAGCAAGGAGAACUUAAAUCGAGAAAAGAUUAUGCAAAUGACAUUAAUUCAUGACCUUGCCGAAUGUAUCGUUGGUGACAUUACACCACAUUGUGGAGUUACACCGGAGGACAAACAUCGACGUGAGGACGUUGCUAUGCAAGAAAUCUGUAGCCUUUUAGGAGAUAAGGGUUCUGAAAUGUUGGAGCUGUUCAGGGAAUAUGAGAAGCAAGAGUCCUCCGAGGCAAGAUAUGUCAAGGAUCUAGACAGACUAGACUUAAUAAUGCAAGCAUUUGAAUAUGAGAAACGAGAUCAGAUACCUGGAAAAUUGCAGGAGUUUUUUACCACACAGGAUGGAAAAAUAGCACAUCCAUCUCUUAAAUCUAUUGCAGACCAAAUUAUUACUGAAAGAGAAGCCCUAUUUCGCAUUCCAAAUAAUGUAUGAUCACUCAAAGUUUUAUACCUCAAAGUAGCAUCAUAGUAAGUAAUUACAGAUGCCGAUCCAAAAAUAGGUUUUUUGUUUUUAUACUUAAAAUUAAGUGACAGUUACAUUAAGUUAUUUUUUUUGUGCUUUCAUAACGAAGACAAAGGAUAAAGUGUCAAAUAAAUGCAAAGUUGACUUUUGCAUACUAAGCAUAGAAGUGGAUCAUUUUUUAAUAACAAAGAUUUUAAAUUAUAUAGGUGCAACAGUACAAAAAACUAGUAAAUUAGAAGCAGUAUUUCAAUAUUUAAUGAUAAUUAAAUCAGAAUCAAAUCGGAUGUAUACGAACGGAAAUCCUUUGUUUUGCCUCUAAUUGAAGUUUCAUUAUAAAUUGAAAUAUUGCAUCUUAUUUUUAAUUAUAAUAAGAAUAUGUCGUACCUUAUUAUUUUUACUAUAGUACUAGUUGCAAUUUAGUAUUUUGUGCUGUGCAUAGUUUCAAUCAUAUUCCACAUGUUUUAAGUUAAUAUUUAUUAUAAAAUAUCCACAUGAAUGUGUUACAUUGAAACAAUUGUAUUGGUAUAUUGUAAUCAACAUUUUCAAUAUUUGUUCUUUUAGUAUUGCUGCAUUGCGACUUGUAUUAAUUAUAUUUGUGAACAUCAGAUAUAAUUUUUGUAUGCUCUUUCCUAAUAAUCUGUUCAAUAACGUAUCCUCUGUUAACUACUAAAUGAUAAUAUAACUGGAAUAAAUAUGUGCUUAUUCUUUAAUGAAUUGAAUGAUUGUACGAAGUAAGUACGUAAUAUUAGCAAACAUAAAUAUUUUGAUUAUUCUAGAUAUAAUUUGCAACAAAGGCUGAUAAUUGGAAAAGCAUUUGUUAGUAAAAUUUCAAAAUUGUCUCACCAGUUCACAGAUAUAGUCAGUGUAUACUUAAGCAGAAAUUAUAUAAAAUGUUGACUGCAUUACUGCUGUACUAAGAAAAAGUGUCAAUGAGUCUUAAUUCAACAACAUAAAUGUUUUAACAAAGUAUGGUUUAUACUAAA